AUGUUUGACAUUAAACAGGGCGUCCAACCUGCGAGACUGGUGGAAAAAGUUGUUGGUGUAACACAGAAUGUAACACAACUUGAGAAAGACAAUGAAGUGUACAAGAAGGUUGACGAGGCAAUGAGACAACUGGAGAAGGAUGAUGGGGUUGACCGGGAGGUGGAAGAACAAGCAAUGCCUUUGGAGACAGAGAAAGGUGUAUUCGUGGAGAAGAGACAACCAGGAACGCGUUCAGAGAAAUUAGUUAAGGUUGAACACAAUGUGGCUCAGUCAGACACGGUUCUAGGAGACGCUGUAUUUGACCAAAAGAAAAAUGAAGUUGAACAGAGCUUAACACAAGCAGGAAAGCCUUUGGAGACAACAAGUGAAGUUGAGAGGAAGGUACGCCAUCCAGAAAAAGUCCUGUUGAAGAACAUUGAGGAUAAAAAACAGCCAGUGAAACGUACGGAGAAGUCUAUUGGGGAUGAAACACUUAACGUGCUAGAAGAGAAGUCUACAGGACAGAAGGUCAAAGUAGAAGAAGAUGAACUGUUCAAACCACCAGUUAGAUCUAAAGCGAAGGUAGCAGUAGGAAAGGAACCACUUGGAUAUGAUACAAAGGAGAGCAUUGUCCAAUCAGUUAAACCUACUGCAAAUGACUCUGAGGACGACCAAAAACAAAGAGAUUUGAAACAAGUGUCCGCAGAGGCAGAGCAAGAGAAAAAUACACUUAAACUAGUGCCUUCUGUCGAUCAGCUGGAGAAACAAUCAUUAGCACAACCAGUAAAGACUUUAGAAAAAGAAGCCCCUCCAAAACCACCCGCAAGGACUAAAAGCAAAUCAAAGGGGGGAAUGGAAAAGCAAUCAUCAAGGGACACGGAGACGGAUCAAGACGAGCGUACGAUGCCAAGAGUUGUGGUGAAAACAACAGACGAUGAUCGGCCAAUGAAACAGUCUUGGAAAAAAGAGGUUGACGAGAAACCAAGAUUGGGGAGGAAACUAUCUUCAGCUACAGACACUGAGAUUGUUGAGAAGCUUAAGCAACCGGUGAAGGAUGCGGAGAAGUUUGCAAACGCCAAGCAACCGAUGAAACAACCAGUAAAACCAAUGAGAAAGGAACCCGAACUGGACCAGGACAUUAAACUGGCAGUCGAGCCGAUAAGAAGGCAAGAGGGUCAACAAACGACAAACGUUUCAGAAGGAAUUCCUCUCCUCUACAUUUCUGAAGAUGAAACGUUCUCAGAGGCUUUGACCGAGGUACCAUCGAACCACAGCAUCGUCCAACCUCCUGUCUCUUUUGUUGAUGGGUCAACCCAGCCUGCUACUCUUCCUCCAAUUACAGUACCCCAGAAAGAACAACCACCAAAUGAAGACUCCCAAGAAAUGGACAUCAGUGUUGAGGAUGAACCCCAAAUGCAAGAGGCUGCCGUCAGAAUCCAGGCAGCCUUUAAGGGCUUCAAAACCCGCAGAGACAUGCGACCCGUCUUCAAAGAGGUGUUUAAGAACCAGAGUGCAGAUCUUCAUGAUACGGUCACGCUGGUGUGUGUUGCCGAAGGAAAAACAAGCAUGGCGCGCUGGCUGAGAAACGGACAACAAAUAAUUAAUGAUCAGCGAUGCCGUGUCGAGACCACAGAUGAUGGUGUUUGCACUCUGGUGAUCAAGAACCUGACCCUGAUUGACAGUGGGGUCUACACAUGCGAGGUGGUGAAUAAGUUUGGUAUGACCUCAUACAAUGGAAACCUAACAGUAGUGCCGCCUCAGAAACCUGCUCCGAUAAACCAGAAACCUGUUCACCCUCUGCUUGCCGCCAUAAGUCCUCUGCAAGUUGCACCGCCGAAGCCUGAGGCAGAAACACAGACUCAGGACCUUCCUCAGACUCAGGAUGUUCCUCAGACUCAGACUCAGGGUCUUCCUCAGACUCAGACUCAUCCUCAGACUCAGACUCAGGGUCUUCCUCAGACUCAAACCGAGGUACCGUCAUCAGGUAUAGAUGCUGAAAACUAUGUCGAAAAUGAGAGUGUCUCUCUGUGGGAGUCCUAUAAUCUGACGGAGCUGGACUCUCAGAGGAGACUACAGGAGAGGAGAGGAUCCUCGCUUAUUGCUGCCAGCUCCAUGUCCAGUCCUUCGGAUUAUGACACGGCUCCGGAUAUGUUGGAACCUGUUGAUUCUGGUCCAGAUGUGCCAAGAGAAGUGACAAAAGCAGUCGAUCAAGCAUCUCCAAAAGAUGAUAAAGAACAGAUGGCUCCUACACCACUUCCCAAGACUCGACUUAAGUUCAAAGGUGGUCAUGAAAGUAAGAUGAGGGCACCGUCUCCCAAACACCACCGCACUCACACACCUCUCACCAGCACCGUCUCUGGAUCAGAGUCAGAGGGGGAGGAGGACAGACGAGAGCAGUAUUAA